AUGGUGCUGGGAGAGGCCGUGACGGCCACGGUGCUGCGACGCAGCGAGGGGAAACUGGGCCGGGCCGCCUCUGCGUGCAUGCAGGGAGAAAGAAGAAGCUUCGAGGAUGUCCACUUUUGCGACCAGACCUCGGGGCUUGUUGGCGUCUUUGACGGUCACCUGGGCGACGAGGCGGCUGCCUUCUGCGCGGAAAGGCUUCCGCUGUAUUUGGCCAAGGCGGAGACGGCCAGCGAGUGGCAGGAGGCUUUCAAGGCCUGUGACGCGGAGCUGCGCGAGCGCCUGCGGACGGAUGCGGGCACCACAGCCACGGUUGUGCGGGUCAGGGAGAGCUGCUCCCAGGACAAGGAUGGUCUCGAGCUCUUAGUGGGAAGUUGUGGAGAUUGUCGCGCUGUCUUAUGGCAGAAGGAAAGCAACACGCUGCUCGCAACGAGAGACCAUCGGCCCAGUGACGCGGAGGAGCGUCAGCGAAUCGAGGCCGCCGGCGGGGAAGUCACCAAGGAUGACCCUCCUCGAGUGGACGGCCUUCUUUCCUGCAGCCGCGCCCUGGGCUCGUUCGAGCUCAAAGAGCAAGAACUUCGGCCCGAGGAUCAAAAGGUUUCCUGCCUGCCAGAUUGCUACAAGUGGCAUGCCGCGCGGGGGGACUGGCUGAUUCUUGCCUGUGACGGCAUUUGGGACGUGGCCUCCAACAACCAGGUGGUCGAAAGGGUCUGCCGCAGAGCCGGGAAAGACCUGGGCCAGAGGGUGGAGGCGAUGCUGCAACUAUGCAGCAGCUCACUCGACAAUCUGACAUUGGUUGCCAUUGAGCUGGGGGCAGUGGAGCCAAAGGAGGAUACGGUCAUGAUGAAUGCUGGUGACUUUUUGACAGCGAGAAGAGAGGAAGUGCGGGCGCAGUAUAAUUCAUUUGCGAUGCGAUUUGGAUAUCGCAUCGAGAAGGACAUUCAGGAGCAAGUAGCACUGGUGAAGACUGAACCGAACCCUCCACAAAGGAGGUUUCCGGCGUGGCCUUUGCCCUCGUCGCAGCCCAGAGAGAACGCAAGCUCAACGUCAAAGGCGGCGGAUGCUUCGAAGGACCACACGAGCCCUUCGGAAACAUCCACAGUGAUGGAGAACCAAAAGAGCUGGGCUUCCACGCCUCCAACGUCGGAGGUUGACGCAGAGCGGACCAUUGACGACACUUCGGAAGGCUUCGAUUUCCGGAGCAUCGUGGCUUGGUUCGGCUGCUGUGGAAUGCGCAAAGCCCAACGCUGGUAG